AUGUCCCUCAAAGUCAAGAAAAUAACAGUAAGGACUCAAUCCUUCAUGCCCAGGCACAGCUAAAUACCUAUGCAGACCGAAACAAUGAUCGUUCGGGAGGGCUUGCAGUGAACAAGCUAGCUUCAUGGUUCCCUCCAGCACCUUUUUAUCCUGUCAAUCACUCCGCCCCCAAGCCUGAAGACAGAAUGGAAAGAUACCGUCGACAGAGAGAUGAAGCCGAAACAUUAGUUGAAUCGAUGAAAUCUAAACUUACCAAAUUGGAGCCAGAAUUAUCGGCUCAGCAAGAGGCUAACAAGGAUGCACAACGACGAUUUCGAGCACUCGAAGACAAAAAAGAACAUCCGGUACCAAAAGCUGCUUCAGCCACAACACCUCGACUCUCGGUUCUCUACAAGUCUUAG